AGGUGAGGGGUUGGCGGUGGCGGGGCCGGAGCGGGGUCCCGGCGUCCCGGCACCGUGACGGGACGCGGGGGGGGGCUGCUCCGACCGGAGGCCUCCCGGUUUCGGUCCCGGGGGGGGUUUAAAGGUCCGCCAGGCCUGGGGGGGAGGCUUCGCGGCGCUGCGGUUUGUAAUAAGCGGCCGUUUCCUCCUGCUGGUGCUCGCUGCGCAGCCUGCUCGGCGUUCUGGGGGCUCUGCCGGGUUCUCCUCAUAAAUUUAGAGGCGUCUCGGGUGGCUUGUGCGGCUACGGGGCGGGCAGGUGGCCCUGUAGCGGGUAUGCUGUCCUUGGAAGGAUCUCGUCCCCUCCUCGGAAGGAUCUCCUCCUCGGAAGGAUCACACCGUCAUUGGAAGGAUCUCCUUGGAAGGCUCGCAUCCCGUCGUUGCGCUCUCAGGAUAGCUCGGCUAGCACGUGGAUCCAGACAGUGAAAAUUCAGCAGAGGACUGGCUAUUAUUCCUUGUUUGAUAUUGGUUCAACAUGAGUGUGAUGCUGGAAACCCCUGAGCUGCCAGCAGUGUUUGAUGGGGUGAAGCUUGCUGCAGUCGCUGCUGUUCUCUAUGUUAUUGUUCGCUGCUUGAAUUUGAAAAGCCCAACUGCCCCUCCUGAACUCAUUUACCAGGACUCUGCUUUGUCCCGCUUCCUACUCAAAUCCUGCCCGCUUCUGACCAAAGAGUACAUUCCACCCCUGAUCUGGGGCAAGAGUGGACAUAUCCAGACUGCCCUUUAUGGAAAAAUGGGGAGAGUGAGAUCACCACACCCGUACGGACAUCGCAAGUACCUCACGAUGCCAGAUGGAGCAACAGCAACCUUUGAUCUCUUCGAGCCACAGUCUGAGCACUGCACUGGAGAGGAUGUCACAAUGGUAAUCUGCCCUGGGAUUGCUAACCACAGUGAAAAGCAGUAUAUCCGCACUUUUGUUGACUACGCGCAGAAAAAUGGGUACAGGUGUGCUGUUCUGAAUCACCUGGGGGCCUUACCGAACAUCGAGCUCACUUCUCCACGCAUGUUCACGUACGGUUGCACCUGGGAAUUUGGUGCGAUGGUUAAUUACAUCAAGAAGACCUACCCUCAGACCCAGCUGGUUGUGGUAGGCUUCAGCCUGGGUGGAAACAUCGUGUGCAAGUACAUGGGGGAGAGCCAGGCCAACCAGGAGAGAGUCCUGUGCUGCGUCAGCGUGUGCCAGGGCUACAGCGCGCUCAGGGCACAGGAAACCUUCAUGCAAUGGGAUCAGUGCAGAAGAUUUUACAACUUCCUCAUGGCAGACAACAUGAAGAAGAUCAUCCUUUCUCACAGGCAAGUUCUUUUUGGAGAUAACGUGAAGAAGCCACAAAGCCUUUCAGAUGCUGAUCUGAGCAAACUCUAUACGGCAACAUCCCUUAUGCAGAUCGAUGAUAAUGUUAUGAGGAAGUUCCAUGGAUACAGUUCCCUGAAGGAGUACUACGAAGAAGAAAGCUGCCUGCACUACUUGCACAGGAUCUAUGUUCCUCUUCUGUUGGUUAAUGCUGCUGAUGACCCUCUUGUGCAUGAGAGCCUUCUAUCAAUUCCGAGAGCUCUUUCAGAGAAACGGGAAAAUGUCAUGCACGUGCUGCCCCUUCACGGAGGCCACCUGGGCUUUUUCGAGGGGUCUGUACUAUUCCCAGAACCUCUUACCUGGAUGGAUAAGCUCGUGGUGCAGUAUGCGAAUGCCAUCUGCCAGUGGGAGAAGACAAAGUCUCAUUGCUCAGACACAGAGCAGGCGGUAUCUGGCCAGGAGUAAUUGACCCAAAGACUCUGGAUCACUUCAGUAUAUCUCCCCCUUUGGGAACUCUUUGUUCCCUCACCUGCUGCUUCAGGUUUCCAUUCUCCUUGAUAUCCUAUGGCUGGGGUUUGAUCACAAUGUUUCCUUCUGAAGUGGAGUUAAAACAGAGGUUAAUAUCUGGUCAGAGGAUCUUUGCUUAUAUAGUCACUUGGGUUUGUAAUUUACUGCUCUGCUUGAAGAAUUAGAUUCUGACUGUGACUUGUUACAGGGUAAUUGAGCUAAAGACAGUUUGUUUUGAUAUAACAGAAGUUUCAGAUGCCAAAAGCCUUUCACCUGUUGGUCAAAAACUUGAUCUGAAGCAUUUGUUGAGGUGUAGAUGACAAGGUAACUAACUUUUUCAGUCCCUGUGCUGGAAAAACCCUGUACCAAGCCAUAGGCCAGUGAGUGGUUCAGUCCAUGAGCCACUAAAUAGUGGCUUGGAAAAACAGAUGCUUGACUGUCAGUGGAGUUCUAAUCUUACACCAUCUUAAGGGAGUGGUUUACUUCCUGGCAGUGCAGUUACACAAGUCAAUCACUUUGAAAAUGCUUAACAUUUCCAUGCUUCAGGUAUCUGGGCUGGGGUAUCUUUACGCUGGGACUCCAGGUAAAGAAAAGCUGCGGGCUGAUAAUACCAGUUAAUGUUUCUCUGUAACCAUAUUCUCACACCAAGACCAGACCAGUCACCUGGUCAUAUUUGCCUCUUUUUUAAAUGUAGUCAUGUUUUUAGUACUGGAUUUCUUGUUUGACCCAGGGCUUUUUAAAAUUGGCUCUGGCUUCCGAAUGGAAACCAGUGAUUAAGAAUCUGCAGGAUCUUUUUGUGAGCUCAGUAUGUUUUAAGAAUAUUUCAUAGUUAUGUACUCUGUUAGGGAUUAAAUUGUAGGGUGGGGGGGAAUAUAUCUAGAUUUACUCCCCUUAUGUCAGGGUAGAUUAUACCAAAAUUCUCGUCCUUAAUUUUCAAAACAUUGAAUGGUUUUCAGACACAUGACUUGCCUUACAGUUGGUGUGAACUUGAUGGGUCUAGCCCUGUGCAACUAAAAUACCUUUGACUAACUACUUCUGUAUCUGUGUAAAUGCUGCAGGAUUUUACUGGCUCCAGUAAGACAUUGGGCUCCUCACGUGAAUUCCUUUCUACAUGCCCAGACAUCCUCUUCUAGUUGUAAUGUGCAAAGUGAAGUGCGAAAGCACCUUGCAGGAGCGAUGCCUCAAGUGGCUGUUGUGGCCGAGGUGGUUAUUAAGGGCUCUAGUCUAUCCCCUGGUAGGAAAGUUGCCCCAUGACAAUCUGGAAACUGAAUUUUUGUGGUCACAAUCUUUUUUUUUUUCUAUUUGCUCUGUCAAUAUUGUAGUCUCAUUAAUCCACCCUUGAGACUUCUUUGUCCCAGUGUCAGUGAAGUUCUUUUCCCGUCACACUUCCCGCAUCCAAUGAGCACUUUAUUGCUUUAGCCUUGGUUUGUGUGCCAGGCACUUCAGUUUAUAGUUGAAGGGUGAAACAAGCUGCAAGACUUCAGUGUGGUAAUGCAGGGGAACAAGCCUUCUGGACUGCUCUGUCCCUGAACUUCAUUCAGUAGGUUGCAGAGGUAGCUUUUUAUUUUAAUAAAGCAAUAAUUAACUAUUGUAGCAAAGGUGCAUUAUCAUAUCAGGAAAUUCCUUUCAGUUUGCCUUAGGCCAGAUACCGCGGCCUGCUAGAAUGAACUGUGGGUAUCUGCACGUUGUCCUUGUUAGUAAAUAAAUCCAGGUUUCCUUUUGUUCCUCAAAGAAAGAGAUGUGACCAAGUAAAGCUGUAGCAGUACUUGGCCGUGCUUGUGGCUGUUCCUUAAGAACUGUUUUAGGGCAUCAGUUAGCAAGGAUAUUCUUAACUGAUGGAUAUCUUGUCUUUGUGUUGUUGUUCUCUCAUUCAUACUGCAUCUGUAUAUCACUAAAAUCUGUCAUACAAGACAUUCAGAGUUUUGCUUAAGUAGCCGCUCAUGCAAUUUUUCCUGGAUGUGAUGUAAAUGUAUUCUCAUUUCAACAGAAUUGGAGUGUAAACAACAUUUGUAUGCAUCAACUAGCCACAGUAUGAAUUUAGGUGUGUAGGGUAUGCGUGUUUUUAUCUCCAGUGGGUCACAACUUUAGAUGUGUCUCAAUUUUCAUGGCAUACUACAUCUGUAGCUUCACAGGUCACGGCUGUCUGCCUUGAGGAAGCAGAGCUGCUCUUCUCAUGGUCUUUUAAACGUGCUUCAUGUCCUGCUUCAGUCCAGCUUUACUGUGCUGUGAGCGUCAACUCCAAACAGGUUUAGGGGAACAGAAGCUUCCCUUGGUAGUGAUCCCACUGUUGAGGUGAGGAGCCCAUCACACGACCCAACAUGUAACUAUGAAGGAAGGACAGUGUGCAUCAAGCCUCCUUGGAGAUCAAAAUACCGUCCUUUCUCAGCUUUCCUCAAAAGCAGGGGCUCCCUGCCCAGCUCCCCACGUGGCUGAAGUUCUGCCUUCCUCCCAGGACCCCAAACUUGCAGAAACAGUUCAGCUGUUGGCUGCCCCAGGCAGGGAAGUUGGAAGUGAGACAAUGGUGGUUGGCUGCUAUCUGGAAAGUGAAUGUUGAGGCAAAGCUGGCGUUUGCUUGCUUCUGAGUUGGGGCUGGGGAGCAAACUGCUUUUUGGCCAAGACAUGCCAGAGUAAAGCUCCACUUCCAGAGGAACUGGGAAGGUUUUUAUUGAAGAACUUUUCCUCCUUCCUUUUUGUAAGAACUGUUCUUGACAGACCGGGUUUUGAAACAUUUCCUGUUUCUGAGGUAUGAGGAAGUUACCUUCUCAAGCGUACCUUUAUUUCAAACUGACUUUGCUAUAGUAGAUGGUCAAUCAGUGACUUUUUAAAGCAAAUCUCUCCUAAAAAAAAAAAAAAAUGAGGUGAGCAGCUGGGCAGUUCUCAAAACAGCAGGAGCUUUGUCUAAUCAAAUAGGGAUUUUGCUCUAAUGUUUGAGGUUUUUCAAGGAAUACUAUAUCUUCCUGCCCUAUAACUCAUGAGCCUUCCUAUUUCAGAAGUGCCAAUGCUAUGGGCUUUCUGAAACUCAACUAGAGAAGUAAUAGGAGUCUGUCCUGCUCCUUUGACCUGUUUUUGCACUUGCAUCUACAGCUGUUUAAACCGCUUGUGGCUUGACCAACUAAUUCUAGCCUGUUUGGGGUGGAAGAGCUUUGUCAUAGCUUGGUUGUGCAAGGGUUCCAGAACCCGAGAGUCUCCUUACUAACCGUACUGUAGACAGAAGCAGUAAAAAUCUGUUCUCCCCAUCCCGCCCAAUGUGCUGCUUUUAAAGCAACUCAUGUUGUCAAACCUACAGCAGCAAUUUAGAGAUCUCAAGGAAGCAGGAGAGGAGGAAGUGAAGCUGCAGUGCAUGUUAUCUAGAGACCUUCAGAAAAGGAAUCCUGUGUUAAAUAUUGCUGCUGACAGAGAUUGGCAGCUGAUACCUAGUGCCAGUACCACGAGCAGGAAGGGACUUUGUCCAGUCCUUACCUGAAAUGCUUUUCUCUCCCAAAAUAAGGUAAUACUGGUUUUGUGAUGUCGGCAGAUGGUCUUCACAUGCAACAUGAAUUUUUAGAUUGUAGAGGUGGAGCAGUUUUUUCAUCUCUUGCGAAGACACGUGAGGUGGUUGAAGUGUGUGCUUCUAGCCCAUUACAGUACAGCCUGGUAGUGCAGUUCAGGACUAUAGCAUGAUGAAUCUGUCAUGAGCUCUGUUUAGUUUCAAACUGGGAUUAGAAAAGGCAUUAGCAGAGCUCUUCAUUUAUUUUCAUGUAGUAUACACCCCUCUUCCUCAUCACUGUAUGUAAGAGUAACACUCAAACAUAAACCCCAAGGACCCUCUCAAUCAAAUAGCAAGUUGCAGAACUGUUACUUUUUGGUGGUUAGGCUGGUCCAACCAUCUUUGUCAGUGUCUGGAGACACCUGAAACUUGGAGGUGAGCAGCUGGGACUUGCUCUUAUGGACCACAAGGAACUUGCAGCUUCCACGACACCAGAUCUGCCAGCAUGUUUAAUGAUCCCUUGGUUAGAUUCUAAAUUGAAGGUGUUUUCAAAUGGGUCAACAGUUGCGCUGUAAAGACAGACACUAGAACUUCCCUGCAGUCUUUUCCUGACCGUUUUUCUGCAGUUCCUGUUUUACAAAGGUACAGGUUACAAAGACGGGGCAUUAAGCAGAGGUGUUAAGAACUAUUAUCUCCAGUACUGAAUUUAGCCAAGCUACCUGUGUGUCAUCUGUCCUGGGUCUGUCACAAGUUCCUAGACCUCAGCCCUUUGACACGUGGUGCCUUGCCCUUUUUCUCCUCCUCCCUUGACAUCAGCAUAUCUAGAGACUUCAGCAACAGCUCUGUCAGAGCUUUUGGGCUUUGCUUUUUAGUAAAGGAUUUCUCAUACACCAAGCAGUGAGACCCCUCUGGCAAUGUACACUGUACAAGCGUGUGCUGACUUAAAGGACCUUUGUGGGCGGCCUACAACUAGAUAGUCUAUUUUAAGGCUUAAAAUAGCAAUGUGUAUAAGCAGUGGAUCACUUUUCAGCUCUGUUCCUCAAAUUUGCCUCUAGCCAUAGGGUUUGAGUCAGAGGGAAGGUUUGCUUAAUAUGUGACUUGUUACCUUAUGAUCCCCAAGUUCUUGUGUCUAUUGACUCUUCAGCAACGUAGCUGGAGGUGAAUUGUGUAAGGGGCUACAUCUCAAACGAAAGAGCAGAGUGGUAACUUCAAGAAUUAAUUGCUGAAUGGUUCAGUCACCUGGUUUGCUUCCAAGGUUUGUUUUUUUAGAAAUAUUAUGCCUCUCCGGAGGUUAUUGAAAUUUUUCACAGCCUUUUUCAAAAAGACCAGAAAAGGCCCUGCCUAGUCUUGUGCUGUGUGUGUAAGUCAUUUGUUGUGAAGAGCAUUGUGUCAAGUCGUGCUCCACGUGUCCUUAGCCCUUUGACAGCUCUGUCAGUUGGGUAGAUCCCAGAGCCACGGUGAUUCAAAGCAGGGUCUCCUUCAGGGCUUCUAGUUCUAGGCAAAAAGCAAACAGCUCUUCUUGGUGUGAGGACUUCCUGAAUUGUCUACCAGCUUAGAAUGCCUCAGAGCUACCCAGACCUGAGGAGGGGGGUGCCUUGUACCUGCACCCUUUUAUUGCUAGCAGUCUCUUACACCAGCCUGGACUUCUCUCAGCUGGUAGGGAAGCUCAGGCACAAGUGCCAUCAGUGAGUCAAAGCAGCUGCCAGCUUUCCACACUGCGGUGGAAAGGUUUCUGGGACUAUCCUGAACUAUCGCAUUUCAAACAUCUGUUUUCUUGUAUUUUUUUCUGGUUAAUCAAUGGACAAAAACACUGCAAUCCAGGGCAGCAUUUAUCUGGUUGGAUCUGCUGGUAUUGAACAACCUUUUCCAAGUCUGUCUGCUAACACUCUCCAAAAGCUCCAGCCCUGCAUCCCCUGUGGAUAAAGACCAUGUUUCUCCUUCUCACCCCAUGGCCUUGCCUAAGGCAGGUGACUUUAAUACCAGCAAGGAGCCUGAUGCCAUGAGUGGCUCAACAGAAGCCUUUUUGCUUUUGUCUGAAUGACGAGCUUGCGUCGCCUGCCUGCAGUCAUGCAAGAGCUUUGAAUAGAUGCAGAAUUUCCUUGUGGUCUCUCUUUUAUAGCUCUCCUGGGAUGCUGACCCUUCUGUGGCUCCUGCCAACUGGGAUAUCUUUAAAAAUAAUAACAAUAAAAAGUGUAUUUCAUGUAACCAAACACUACUGCUUAGCCCACGUCAGCAGCUUUCCAAAGGAACGUGUUUUCUCAUUCUUGACAACUUGUCCCUGUUUCCCAAUGACGAGAAAUCCUUUCUGAGAAAGCGAUAACCUCUUUGCAAGAGGGGCCCUUUCUCUGGAGAUGCCAAGUUGAAGAGGUGUGUGGAGACCUGAGGAAGGCAGACCUGUGCCCUUCUCAUGUUGUUGCUGCAGCUGUGUUAGAACAGGCCGAGUGACAUCUAAUGUUCUUGGUGAGCAGUGUGGUUCAUUAAGGAUAUAUUCUCAAAUUGGCAAAAUUAUCCUCUGGAACAAUCUCUAAAUGCUGCCCUGAAAAAGCGUGUGUACCGAGAUACCCUCCCUGCUGCCACGUUCUGAGUCAGAUUCUCUGAAGCUGACAGCUGCAGGGGAGAUGAUUUGCAACUAGCAAUGCAAUUUUUCUAUAUCUGCUGAUGUUUACCUUUAAAAUUAUAUAUAAAUAUAUAUUAAAGUGUCUUUGAUUUUUCUUUAAUUUUUGUUCUUCUGUGUCGUGUAAAAUGGAAGUCAUUGCACAACAAAAUGUAAUUUUGUUAUCUUUGAUUCAGUGGGAUUUCUUUAUUUAAAAAUAAAGGACUUAUUGAAGUCA